CGCGCUCUUCAGUCCAAAGGUUCCCACGACACCUUCCCCCUUAAUUCCCAUGGCUCAUGCUUCCCCUCUCCAAAUCCCAACUACAAUCCCACCGCUCCUUCUACGACGUCUCCACCAACAAGACCCACCAUCUCGAGCUCCCAGAAGCUUGUCACUCUCAAGUUCGCGUUGAUUCCUCAAACGGCUGGCUCGUCAUCAUCGACAGCUCCUUAGCCAUCCUACUCCUUAACCCUCUCACCUUGGCCAAGUUCAAUCUCCCUCCGCUCUCCUCCUUCCCCAACGUUGUGAGCCUCGACUUCUCCAAAGUCGGUAAGGAGUACGAGUACACCAUCCGAGAGGCGUCCGGAAAGAUCUAUCGGCUUAAUUUGGAGGAAAUGCGCGACUUUUUUAUCAAGAAAAUCGUUUUAUCGCCGUGUUCAGUAGACAAAGACAACUUCAUCGCAGUGGCGAUUGUCAAUGAGACCGGCGAGUUGGCAUACUGUAAGAACGGCCAUCAAUAUUGGACUUCUAUGGGCGAUGUGGGACUUGCCUGCUGCGACGUUACAUAUUACAAGGAGAAAUUCUAUGCUGUGGAUGCGGCCGGAUCAGUCAUGGUGUGCGACGUAAGCGACGAAUCACCUAGUGUUUCGGUAAUUAGGAUGCGUUUCUCGUCGACAAUAGGUUACGUUUGCCACAAGGUAUAUUUGGUGAAUUCAGGGAACGAGUUGUUAGCGGUUGUACACCAACUGGAUCAUCAACUCCCACAGCAGGGUCCUUUUAUGUUUUACUUGAGAACCGUGUAUUUUGUGGUAUACAGAAUGAAUUGGAGUAGGCAGCGGUGGAGCAGCGUCGAAGACUUGGGUGACCGCGUGUUGUUUGUGAGGGAAAGUUCAUCUGUGUCGUUGUCUGCUGCUGAUGUUCAACGAUGCUCAAGGAUGUCACCGAAUGAAUGUUUCAAGAAUUGUAUCUAUUUUACUGAUGAUAGCCGUGUUAGCAGCUAUGAUGGGGACUUUGGUUCUGAUAGACCUUCCUGCUAUGAUAUGCUCCAUAGGGACGAUGAUGGUGCUUUUAAUUGGGACAGAGGCAUCUACACGUUAACGGGUGGAAGGAUUAUCUCUUUGCCAUGUCGUACGCGAGAUCCGCAUGCACUUUGGUUUACACCGACUCCAUGCUCAAAAAGUUGAAUCUAGUCGCCGACAAAGACGUUUGGGUUUACAGCUGCAUGCAUUGACGUCUCAUUUUGAUAAUUAGUAUGUUAAGUUUAUGUUAUGUUGUUAAGUUUAUGUUAAGUUUGUUGUUUCUACAAGACGUUUUAUUUGAAAGUUUAUGUA